ACAGUGUUUUUAGUCAUGGCCGACGACUGCAGACGACAGGGGUUUGAGCUGGAGAGAAGGAUUUUUGAGUUGGACAAUAAGUGCGCCAGUCUCAGAACUGAGAAACAAGAUGAUGACUAUUUACAGAAUGCUUCUGCGAUACUAGACAAGUUGAAAAGCUUUUACAGACAAGGGGGAGAGAGUAGCAGUCUGCCUAAACUGCUUCAGGAUUACACUCAGGUGAUCCUGGACAUCACGUUCUAUGAGGAGAACAAGCUGGUGGACCAGGAGUUCCCAGAGGACUGCUCACCCUUUAAGAUCCAACAGUUGCUGCAGGACCUCACAGAGCCAGAAGUGUUGGCAGGGAGGCUGGCACCGGCCCAAGAGGUGCAGUCAGUGCUGGGGCUAGAGGUGUUAGAGUGCCUCUACUGGAGACGUGGAGCACUGCUCUACAUGUACUGCCACACCCUCCACCAACGCAAGCAGUGGAUCAAGAAGAACAAGGCCACUUUCCUCAAGUGUCUUCAGGAGGGCGUACGCUACCUGAUGAGGAUGCUGCAGGUGAGGAACUCUGUGAAGCUCAAUGACGGGGUGGUGUUUCACGACUCUGCUACCGCCAACUUCCUGGCUGAAGGCAUCUUCUCAGACACCCACCUGCUGACGAUGAUGUACAUCGGGGAGAUGUGUUUCUGGGCAGUGAAGUACGAGGACUGCAGCGUUGAUUCCACAGAACGCAAAGAGGACCGGCUCCACUUCCGGGACAUUGGGACACAGGUCCUGCACAAAUACGUGCUGGCCUGUGAGGGCCCUCUUCAGGGCCAGGGUUGGAACACUGAGAAUGCCAAGGAGAUCCUUAGUAUCUUACAGUGAACUGGGGAGGGCUCUGGGUACAAGUUGCCCAUAGGCACUGAUAUGGGAUCAGAUGAUCAAACCCCAAAUUGUAAUACUAAGCAUUAAGAGAGAUGGAGGGGGAAUCUGACCUUAAAUCAGUUUCUAGGAGCAACUUCUUCCCGUUCUGAAAGGCUCCGGCCGACGUAGGUGGUGAAGGUUGGGGCAAAGGGAGGUGAAGAAUGAAGGGGCAAGGGUAUGGAGUGAUGUUAAUGAAAUGUUAUUCUCCCCGUCCCCUGCAAGAAGCACUUAUCUUCCAGAUUCCAGACUGUUGGAUGGGCAUGUGUUAUGCUCUGAGAAUGUGGUAGAAUAAUAAUAUCAAUAAUAUCAGAAGAUUAUUAAGCAAAUAUCACAUUGUUACAAAAAAGAAAACAAAGAUUGUUUGAAGAUUAAUGAUAAUCUAGCUGGUAAUGAGACAUCGCACAGCAAUUGUUUUUAUUUAUUUUUAUUUGUUUUGAAUGUUUUUUAAAUUAAUUGCAUUUAUAUAAAUAUAUACGAAAAAAGGUAAGGUGGGGAAUACACAGAGUUGGAGACUGAUGGAUUCAUGACCAUUUUCAAGUAUGUACAGUUUU